AAGUGACUCAUUUUCAGGAAGUGCUCGUAUCCUUGAAAUACUCCAAAGUAUUCGAUCGACAAUUAUCCUCUUAAAAACUGACGCUACGUGAGAGAUUGUAGGUCUAAGAUUGUAUUAUUUACAUCGAUAUGAUAUACAACACCCACAAUUAGUCGCACCCAGGAAGUGAGUCUAGUGUUUGCUGUGGAGAGAGGAAAGGGAAGAUGAAAACAAUUUGGGUAAUUGGUGGGCCAGGAUGUGGCAAAGGAACGCAAUGUGACCGUAUAAUUGAAAAGUAUGGAUUUCUUCAUUUGAGCAGUGGUGAUUUACUGAGAGCAGAAGUUGCUAGUGGCAGCGAAAGAGGUGCGUCACUUCAGGCUCUGAUGUCCAAGGGACUAUUUGUGCCAACGGACAUUGUGCUGGAGCUUAUAAAGGAACAGAUGGAUAAAGCUCGUGAGGAAGGAACCACAAAGACUGGAUUUCUUAUCGAUGGCUACCCUCGUGAGAAAGAUCAGGGAAUUCUCUUCGAGGAAAAGGUUUGCCCUGUCGACUUAAUUAUCUUCUUCGAUGUAGCGAAUGAUACUCUGGAGAAGAGACUCCUUGGACGUGCUGCUAUGUCCCAAAGGGCAGAUGAUAAUGAGGAGACAAUAAAAAAAAGAAUCGAGAUAUUUAAUGGAAAAAAUAACGAGAUUGUCGAAUAUUACAAAGACAAAGUUAUAAGAAUUAAUGCGGAAGGAACAGUCGAUGAAAUAUUCGCCGAGGUAACGAAAGCGUUCGACACUUUAUUCUUGGCAGAUCUGAUUCAGUGUUGCCAGUAAAGGAAGUGUAGUAUCAACCUAUAGAAAUAGUAGUAUUUAUGUCGUACCACCAUAACAAAAUAGCAUACAAAUAGUCGUACACAUUUAGCUUUUUUUUACGACUAUUUGUCCUACUAUUUUGUCAUAUAAAAUAUAUAAAAUGGCACGUUCAACAAUA